ACGUGGAAGCUUGAAGAGUAUAUUCGUGGCAUUAAGAAGUGAACAUCUUAGAAGAAAGGUUUGGAAUUGAAGAAUAAGUUGGACAAAAUGAAGAAUUUAUUACAAGGACUCUGUAUUUUGAUCUGUUAUACAUUUACUCAGGCUGAGCUUUUGGUAACCAAGCAGGUCUUUUUUGAUGUGAAAAUUGGAGAAGAAAAAGUUGGCAGAAUUGUUUUUGGUUUAUUUGGAAAUGUUGUUCCUAAAACUGUUGAAAAUUUCUACCAAUUAGCUACUGGUGAGCCAGGCUAUGGUUACAAAGGAAGCAAAUUUCAUCGAGUUAUUGCUGACUUCAUGGUUCAAGGUGGAGAUUUUACUAAAGGUGACGGUUAUGGAGGAAAGAGCAUUUAUGGUGAAAAAUUUGAAGAUGAAAAUUUUGAAUUGGAUCAUUAUGGUGCAGGAUGGUUGAGCAUGGCUAACUCAGGUGUUGACUCAAACCGAUCUCAAUUUUUUAUUACCACGGUUAAAACCAGUUGGUUGGACGGUAAAGAUGUUGUCUUCGGUAAAGUUUUAGAAGGUAUGGAUGUCGUUAAACGUAUUGAAGAAGUAUCCACAGACCCAGAAUUAGACAGACCAAAGAUAGACAUCGUUAUCGAAGAUUGUGGAUCCAUUGAGACAGAUCUUCCAUUCCCUGUAGAGAAGAGCGGCGUUGAAGUAUUUGCAUGAAGAGUUUAUGAAAAUACGACUAACAGUAUUAUUUUGAACUCUCACGACAACAAAUACUGAAUUGGUGUAUAAAGAUCAGACUUUAUUUAAGAAAUAUAUCAUGAAAUAUUUUGGCUACAUAUCAGAAUCUGUCUACCAAUCAUAAUAUUUAUCUAUAUUACACAUGAAGUGAACAAGGGUUUGGGUUUGGGAAAGGUAUCACUGUUAGAAAAAGACAGAUUCUGAAAUCGACCCUUUAUCUUAAUAUAUAAAGCUGCGGAUCUGCAAUUUUGGGACAAUAUCUAAUUAUUCAUGCCCAGUUUUACUCUAUAUGAUUAUUUCACAUUUAAUUAAGAAAACAAAACCAGUUGGAUUAAAAGUAUGAACAUCAAAAUUUUUACCUAAGACUAAGGGAAGAUAUUGGCUUGUUUAUAUUAUCUGCAGAGGAUGCUGAAUGCUGAGAAAUUUUUAAUUCAUCAUAUCUUUGUAAAUACUGAAUGGAAUUGAACCAUUUUUGGACUGAUAUUUCUUUUAGAUAUCCAACUUUCACAAUAUUAUGAAGGGAUUCAAAAUCACUCAAAUGUCAAUCAUUGGCUUUAAUUACUUUAAAUCAAAACAUCGAUCAAAUCCUCGGAACAAAGAAAUAUGGAAAUAAAUUCCAAUCGAAAGAACUUGAAGAAAAAUCCUUGUGCUUUAAGAACUUGUAUAAAUACAUUUUAUGUGGUCGUAUUUUAUUGUAUUAAUUUUUGUAAAAAUAUAUAUUCAUAUUCACAUUUUAAUUUCAAAGCGAAAUUGUCAUAGUUUAAUUUUCCGUCCGAAUAUUUAGAUUUCUAGCUACCACGAACAACGAAGUAGUUAUAUCAGUGGUGACAGUGACAAUAAAAUUAAAUAGAUGUUGUAAUGUUUAGAACAUAUAAGCCUACAUACUGUCCUUAAUUAUAGCUUCCUCAGGACAAACAGUUUUCUUUCUAAUUCAUGGCACAAAUGUACAUAUAUUCCAUUGUUUGUAGUUGCGUUUAUUUGUAUUUUCAUUUUUAUUUCUGAGCAAUGAUAAGUAUUGCUUGAAUUAUUGUUAUAUUUUUUACAAUUUUUUUCGUAAAUAACUUUGUUAUGGAAAUAGUAAUAAAAUAUGAACAGAAA